ACAGAUAUGAGUAAUCUGACCAUGAUCAAAGAAUUUCUUCUCCUGGGAUUUGGGAGUCUUCAUGGAUUUCAAUAUCUCCUUUUUGGAAUCUUUCUGGGAAUCUACGUUGUAACUUUACUAGGGAACAUUCUCAUCCUGACUGUUAUUUCCCUUGACCGCAGUCUCCAGAACCCCAUGUACUUCUUUCUGUCCAAUUUCUCCUUCCUUGAGAUUUGGUACACUACCUCAGUUUCCCCUAAGAUGCUACAGACGCUCCUCUCAGGCUCUGGAGCAAUUUCCUUUGCAGGCUGUGUGGCUCAGUUUUACUUUUUUGGUUCCAUGGCAGUUGUUGAGUGCUUUCUGCUGGCAGCCAUGUCUUAUGACCGCUACCUUGCUAUCUGCAGUCCCCUCCAGUACCCAGUCUUCAUGAACAUCCAUACAUGUAUCCUGCUUGCAGGGGGGUCUUGGCUGGGUGGGUUCCUAACCCCCGUGGUUACAGUCACCAUGACUUUUCAGCUGUCAUUCUGUGCAGCCUAUGAGAUUGACCACUUCUUCUGUGACCUGGCUCCUGUGCUGAAGCUGGCCUGUUCUGAUCCUAAGACAGUGGAGAAAACCACCUUCCUCAUGGCCGCCUUUGUCACUAUGGUGCCCUUCCUUCUCACCGUGGCCUCCUAUGUCCUCAUCGUUGCUGCUGUCCUCAGGAUUCCUUCUGCUGCAGGGAAGAAACGGGCCUUCUCCACUUGUUCUUCCCACCUCAUAGUGGUCACUCUGUACUAUGGGACACUGGGGACAGUGUAUGCAAUUCCCAUAGCAACCCAGACUGUUGCCCUUAACAAGAUCUUCUCCCUUCUUUACACUGUAGUCACUCCAAUGAUCAAUCCUAUUGUGUAUAGCCUGAGAAACAAGGAUGUAAAAAAGGCAGUGAGGAGACUCAUAAGUCAGUGGAUAUAG